AGGCGGUGUGUUGCCCUGCAGGCCUGCACAUGUGAAAUGUGCAGCAUAUGUUCAGAGUUGAAUGUUGAAGCGUGAAGGCAUGCAAGGAGAAUGUGUUUAGAACUCAGUCUUCAUUUCAGAUUGGAGUCUGUGAAGAGCCUACUUCGAGGAGGCGCUGAGCUUCUACCUCUCUGCUAAAGCUGCAACCAACAUGGAUACCGGACAACAGCGGCUUCACGACCUGGGGUACAAGCAGGAGUUGAAGCGUGAACUGAACCUGUUCACCAACUUUGCGGUCUCCUUCUCCAUCAUCUCCAUCUUAACCGGCAUAACCAGCCAGUUUGGCACUGGGUUAGGCAAUGGCGGCCCGGUUGUCAUGGUCUGGGGCUGGGUCAUCGUCUGCUUCUUCUCCUUCGUUGUGGGGCUCAGCAUGGCGGAGAUUUGCUCCUCCUUCCCGACAACGGGCGGGCUGUACUUCUGGAGCGCAAAGCUGAGCGGCCCAAGAUUUGGGCCGUUUGCAGCGUGGAUCACGGGGUGGUUCAAUUUGCUGGGACAGGUGGCAGUGACCGCAGGCAUCGACUUCUCGCUCGCCCAAAUCAUCUCGGUCGUGAUCGCGCUCUCCACGCGCGGCGAGGACGGCGUCGGGUACGUCUGCAACAAGGCCACGGUGUUGGGCAUUUACGCCGCGAUCCUGGUCUGCCACGGACUGCUCAACACCUUCGGUGUGAAUUGGCUCAGCUUCCUGAACACAGUCUCAGUGGCGUGGCACAUCGUGGGUACCAUCGUGAUCGUGAUUCUACUUCCAGCAGUUGCCCCGACGCACCAGCCUGCGAGUAAGAACCCUUGCGCCUUUACUGACUCUGGAAUUCCAAGCCUUAGUCCCUAA